CCUGGCCAGGCCAGCUGUCAAAUAAGGAUUAUCCACAAUUUAUGUGUUUGCUCGGAAAUCACAUUUCUAUGAUCGGUAUACAUACCUGCAGGUAUCAGCUACCUAUGUAUCCUCAAUUACGCUGCCUGUGAUCCGGCCGGGUAGCUAAUCUAGGUAGCUCGCUAUUAAUUUUUGCAUAAAACCCUUCAACCGUACCGACAGACGACACAUUCAAGCUGCAGUCUUUGAGCAAGCAACACCACAAUACAAAUUGUAGUUAAAAUUUUUAAAUAGAGAAAAAAAAAAAACUAAAUAUGGAGCUGACACUUGCCGAUCCCGCCUUUAAGAGCAUCAUCGAGGGAGCCAAGGAAUGCCGUCUGCCGCCGCUGGAGGAACGUGAACCCAACUAUGUGGACAAUCUGCACAUCAUAUUCUUCGAGCAGAUCUUUGAGGCCAUUGACAAUCUGAGCGAUCAGGUGCGCAUGGCCCGGGCGUAUCCACAGUUUAUACCACACAUCCUCAAGAUCUGGCAGAAGCGUUUGAACAUGAUUGUCGGACCGAAUACACCAUUUUUGGGCCUGCUGGAUAUCGAGGAUUAUGUGUUCUUUAUGGAUCACAUGGCUGAUCGUUUCAAGGAGCUGCAUGUCCAUGAGGAUGGUGUCGGUUCGUUUGCCGAGUUCUUUGAUUAUAUACGACAUCUGAAUGAUAUAAAUGUGACACGUUUGCCGGGUGUGGAGACCUGCAUACUGGCUGGCAAUCCAAAUACCGUCAUCGAUGAUGAUAUACGUGAUCUCACACAAAUGCUGCCCAAUCUGAGGCGUUUGACCAGCUGCAUGAACAUCUCUGGUGGCUAUAUCUGGUGUUUCCGUAAGCUGGAGGAGCUCGUCUUCAAUUCGAUGUACCAUUCGGUGCCAUUGGACAGUCGCUGGAUACAGGAGAUCUGCUUGAGCAUGACACAGCUUCGUGUUCUGGACAUUACCGAUCAUUUUGAUAGCGGCGUACGGCUGACGGACAUCAAGCUGCCGAAUCUGGAGGUGCUCAAGAUCAAUCUGAGCAGCGUGGAGACCGUCAUAUCGGAUGUUUUGCAGUUGCCCAAGCUCAAAAAGCUGGCCGUACGCUUUGAUGACUCGCGGCAGCUGCAUGCCGAUCAGGAGACCAUUUUCCAGCAGAUUAUUGUGGCCAAAAGUGAGUCCAUUACACGCAUUGCCGUCAACAAUGAGGUGGUGCAAUUGCCGGCACGUUGGCAUCAAAGUUUGCUGCUCGAACUGCCGCAGCUCAAGAAAUUGGUGUGCGAGAAUUGGUUUCACGAUGAUUUCUUCCUGGAGCGCCGGCACAUGCCCUGCGCCCAGAUGGAGGUCCUUAGCUUUAGUGGCUGGGAAAUAGUGCGUGAAUAUCAGCUGCUCGAAAUGGUGGCCGAAUGCACAAAGUUGCAGCAUCUAGCGUUGAACGGUUACCACAGCAAUUUGGAUCGCUUGCAAAAACUAAUGCACAUACGCUGGGAGGAGAAGAACGCCAAGCCACUGCAGGUGUUCAGCGAUAUUAUGUGGACCACUUUGAUGCCCGACGAGUACAAGAAAUGGUCCGCGGAUAAGUACGUUCAGGUCACCUGCGAUGGCAGCGAAUACGACUACCAGGAGGAUGGCUUUGAGUUUGAUUUUGUUUAGGCUUUAAACCCUACUCUCUACAUACAUUUCAGAUUGUAUAUAUAUUUGUUUAAAAAAUCUUAAAUU